AAAUUUGCCCAAACUUCUUCGUCUUCCACUAAAUUUUUCGUUUCCUCUUUCCUCUUCCCCUCUCGAAGAGCGCCAGGGGUCUGCUAAAAUUAUUUCCAAAAGAGGUAAAUUUCCCCAAAAAAAUUUCAAUGUGCUCUAAUUGCAACAGGUUUCGAUAUCGAUCGCGAUUGUCUCUCAUAGGGUUUCAUGGGGGAUCAUUAUUACCAAACCCUAGGUUGUCGACUUGAAUUGUUCUGGGGUUUCUUGUCCGUUUGCUGCGGUCUAUUUUGAUCUUUUUUGCGUGUUAGGGUUUCUCUUUCCUGGAUUGCGAAAUCCUGACAAGAAUUCGGUGUUCCUGUACCUUUAGGGUAUAAAAAUCUUAAUUUCACUGAUUAGGGUUUCAAUCUGUAGGUUCCUAUUCUAUGAAUGAUCAUAAUUUUCUUCCAAUUGGAGUUUUUUGUGUUUUGAAAUCACAGCCGCUUGAAAUUUCUAGAGUUAGUUGUGCCAAAUGGGAGGAUAAUCUACAUGUUAAUAUAUGUAUUUUUUAUGGCUCUGUUAAUAAAUGAUUGCCUUUAAGUCUUCUUCUGAUCGGAGCUUAAAGAGUGCAGUCACCCUUUAAUGGAGAAAAAGACAGAUCCUAGCCUUUUCGUUAAUGAUGGAUCCUUUAUGGAGAGAUAUAGACAGCUUCAACAAGAGAAACAAGCAAAGGAGGCAGCAGGAGCUGAUGAACCCAAGUCCAGUGUGUCAGCUGGCUCCUCAACGGUUGUAAAGCCUGCUGUAAUUCCUAACAAGAGACCAAUGGAGAUCAAAGGAAAUGAUGUAAAGAAACCUAGCCCUUCGCCCUCCAAUGGCAAAUUGGCCUUCAGCUUCAAGAAGAAGUCAAAGGUCGUGGCGCCUGCCAUAAAGUUGGGUGAAGAUGACGAGGAGGAGAGAGGAGAUUCCGGGUCUGGGAGUGGUGAAGAGUCGGUGAAGAGACAGAAGUUGGGGGCACCAAAAAUUUCUGAGCCAUCAUUGCAGCAGGGAGAUGUUGCACCAUCUCCCCCGAGCGAUCCUACAGUCAGGACUGUUGCAGAUAGGUUAGCUACUUUUGCUGCCAAUAAAGGGAGGCAGAUUGAGCAUGUUACUCGCCAAAAAAAUCCAGGAGAUACCCCUUUCAAGUUCUUGUUUGAUUCGAGCUGUUCAGACUACAAAUACUAUGAAUAUCGACUUAAUGAAGAGAUUAAGGCCCUUGAAGAGGCCAAAGGUUCUCACGCAACAGACACAAUUUCUGUAAGCGCACAAGCUACUAAGUCGUCAAGCAUGUCCCAGAGGUGUCCCGUUCAACAGCACUUCAAUUACCAGACGCCUGCUUCAGCUUUAUAUGAGGCCAGUGAAGACGCGUGGUCUUCAGAAGGAAGUACUGCACAUGGUGAAUCUAGUAAGCCUCCUGCUGCAGAUCCUAUAGCCAUGAUGGAAUAUUACAUGAAAAAAGCUGCACAGGAAGAAAGAAAGAGGCCGCCUAAAUACUCAAAGGAUGAAAUGCCACCGCCUGAUUCUCUUCAAGGAACUACUUCAAAGAAGGGCCAUCACAUGGGUGAUUACAUACCACAAGAAGAGCUUGAGAAGUUUUUGGCUUCUUGCAAUGAUGCUGCUGCACGAAAAGCUGCCCGAGAGGCUGCAGAGAAGGCAAAGAUCCAGGCCGAUAAUAUUGGGCAUAAGCUUUUAUCUAAGAUGGGAUGGAGAGAAGGGAGGGGCUCGUGUCACGAAAGACGUGGGCGUGCUGAUCUCAGUAAUGGCCCAGGAGCAUGGAUGAAACAGGAUCAUCUUGGUGUUGGCGCAACUCGUCCUGAUCAAGUAAAACCGGAAGACGAUAUUUAUGAGCAGUAUAAGAAGAGGAUGAUGCUUGGUUACAAGCACAGACCAAAUCCUUUGGGUAAUCCUCGAAGAGCAUACUACUAAGGUGAUGUUGCUGUUCCUUUCCAGAAGGAAUAAGCGUUGGCAAGUGUGGAGCCUUCUGUAUUCAUUUGGAGCAGGUUUUGGGUUUAGUUGGUUUUUUUUAAAAUGUAAUUAACUAUAUCUUGUUUCUGUACCUCAGUUGCACACAAUCGAGGGAAAAAUUGUUUACUUCUAAGCGUGUUUAAAUUUGUUCUCUCUUUUCAGCGACUU